UCCAACACUUCCAGCAUACUGUUUACUCAGGUAAAUAAGGCCUCCUUAUAAAUACGACCUGCAGUCAAUGGAGCAGACAUUCCUUCACACACACACGCACACACAUCCACACACACACCUUCUGCUGGCACGCAGUCGCCUACACCCGCGCGCACACACAUUUGCAUCUUGGGAGCCUUUUGCUGAUAAGGCUGGUAAUGAAAAACCUUCUUACACAUUCGUAACGCACUCUCUCGGGAGCCUGUCGAGCAGGCUUGGCUUAAAAAACUGCCGUAGCCUUUCACACAUCACCUCACCUCACCCCUAAACCGGAUUCCCCAAACCACGAAAAAGGGGCCAGAUUGGGACCCCACCGGGCAGGACCUUUGGCGCUGAACCUGACGAACCCGUAAGAGAAUUUUGGCACCGGACGACCAAGCUGCCACUGCUGCACCUGUGCACCACGGCAACUGAGCCCACCACACCACUGGCAUCCUCCCAGCAUCAGCUCCCAGCCCAGAUGAGUGCCGUGCUGACGAUGGGGAGUCCAGACAGGGGCGAGGUGGCCAGCUCACUACACCCGCCCCGCGUCGGCUUCGCCGAGACCCCCCUCACCUCCCUGGAGCGGGACGGCUGGGAGGCGGAGGACACCAAGCCGCCCCGCGACCUGGCUGGCGCCCCGGAGCGGGGUCUGCCGGGGCUCUACCUGUCCUGCUUCGACAUGCUGGUCACCGAGGACGCUGCCUGGCUGCUCAAGGUUUCGGACACCGCGCCCCCUUCGCCCGGCCCCCGCCCCGAACAGUGCCCCGUCAUCGACAGCCAGGGGCUGGGCCUCUCCUUGGGCCUGGACGGACAGAUGGAGGAGCGGUCCCUGGAGCAGGUCCAGAGCAUGGUGGUGGGAGAGGUGCUGAAGGACAUCGAGACGGCCUGCAAGCUGCUCAACAUCACCCCAGACCCCAUAGACUGGAACGUGGGGAACGUCCAGAAGUGGAUGCUGUGGACGGAGCACCUCUACAGACUGCCUCAGGUGGGGAAGGCUUUCCAGGACCUCAACGGCAAGGACCUGUGCGCCAUGAGCGAGGAGGACUUCAGGCAGAGGAACAUGCAGUGCGGGGACGUGCUCUACGCCCACCUGGACAUCUGGAAAUCCGCUGCAUGGAUGAAGGAACGGUGCUCUCCAGGAGACAGCAAGUUUACAGGUGGGGAGGAGCCGUGGUCGGAGGCAGACUCCUUCUGUUCCGGGCAGCCCAUCCACCUGUGGCAGUUCCUUCGGGAGCUCCUGCUCAAGCCGCACAGCUACGGCCGCUGCAUCCGCUGGCUCAACAAGGAGAAAGGCAUCUUCAAAAUCGAAGACUCAGCUCACGUGGCGAGGCUCUGGGGCAUCAGGAAAAACCGUCCAGCCAUGAACUACGACAAGCUGAGCCGGUCCAUUCGCCAGUACUACAAGAAGGGAAUCAUCCGGAAGCCUGACGUGUCGCAGAGACUGGUCUACCAGUUCGUCCAUCCAGUAUGAAGAGGCGGUGGGAAGGGUUGGUAAGAGAGGAAAGUGAGGGAUGAAAGGAACUGGAGCAAGAGCCUGUAUAGACUGUAGCAGGCGUCAUACACCUCCAAGUCCUGGUCAUCGAGUUGGACUGGAUUUGAACAAGCUUACUGACCAAAACUCUCAGACUUCUCUCUCAACACUGAAAACUCCAGUCAGAAAAUGGGGGAAAAAACAACCAGAUUUCUGGAGCCACUUCACAGCACUACUGCGGUUGAGGAACCCAGUCCUGCAGAAAGCAGGCCAUACACUCCUUUUCUUAGCGCCAUUUUAUAAUCAGAGAAUGAAGUAUGUUCUCUCUACCCCAAUGAAGACGCAAAUACAUGAACUGCAUUCAUUAAAAACUUAUGUAAACUGCCUUAUUUCCCAAUACGCAUCAUCUGCCUGUUCCUGUUCAUGUUAUAGGGAUUCUACAUUAUUAGUUUGGUGAUUAGCAUGUAGGGUUCUUGUCUUUUGGUCUUCAAUAAUGUUCCAUAUUACAGAGCUCUAUUUUUUAUAAAUUAAGAGGCCUUUAUGUGUUUUGUUUUUCUUCGUUCGUUCGUUUGUUUUUCCUUUGCAAGACUGACUGUGGCAACUGCAACCAACUUAGCAGUGGUUUUGACCAUUUAAACCCUUAGACCGCAGAACCGCAAUGCAACCGCAUUGCAACCGCAAUGCACAGCUUUUCCAAGUUCCAGUUCCAGUCAUGACGUUCUGUGGUCCUAAGGCUUAAACUCCAGCUAAGUUGCGUGCAACUGUCCUAUUGUGUCUUAUUAUUAUCAUUCGUAUCAUCUGCUGCUUUUCUGUGAUAACAGGUUGGGUGUUCAUUCUUGGAGGUCUCUCCCUGGAAUCUGCCUUUUAACAUCCCUUCCCUGAUAAAGAAUUACCUGUAGCACUAAAGCCCUUCCUAUCACUCUACAGAGCACUGAGGAAUAUGUAAAAUCACAGACACGUACUGCGUACUGCCCUAUGCGCACAAUUUAUGUUUUGACUAGCAAAAAGGCACAAAAUACUAAUGUUACAAAAUAGUACUUCCAUAAGAAAAGAUUUAUGUCUAAUUAAUUUGAAAACAGAUUUUUAUAUGAUAAAGUCAACGCUUUAUUAAAGCGGUAUUACUAAGCCUCACCACUUGACAUUUUCUGCUUUAGAGGUGACAGAAAAGUUCAGUUGAUUCUUAAUUUCCCCCAUUCAGUUUGAUUUAAUUUAUUAUGUAUGCUUUUCUACCUUUAAAGGUUUGCACCACAUUUCGAUACAAAACAAUAGCACAUCAAAUUGGGAUGGCAGGUAUACCAUCUCGCCAAAGGUAUGCCUUGGCAGGGCGGCAUGCCCCAUACCUAUACAGCACCGACAGUUUGGCACAUUUCAGAGUUUCCUACAGAAAUAACCACAAUGACCACAGACUCUCAGCCCUUAAAAACAUUCCUUUCUGUACCUUCCUCAUGUCAAGAAACAAAAUUCACACACUUCACACGUCCACACAAUAAAGCUCCAAACUAAGGGGAUUUUGCGUUUUUUCCUUCUUUUUCCUGCCCAUUACAUCAUCACAAAUGCUCCAGGCCCGCAAAGAAUAUGUCUCCCCAUUGGGCAUCUAGCUACAUCAGCCGAUAAAAACAUUGGAUACACAGGCAAAAUGGAGAUAUAUACACACGUUUUUUGCUUUUUACAUUUGCGGCCGGCCGGCUCUUUUACUGGUAGCUCAGCGUUUGCUUGUGGGAGCAACUGAUGGGAGACAUGCAUGAGUUCAAAUCCCCUCCUCAGGCUCAGGGUAAUCUAGGAGUUGUUACACCAGCUUGCUUGCCAGCUAGUAGGCCUAAUUGCCUGAAAAACUGAAACCAUUGCUUUUGCAACUGUAUAAUCUUCGCGGGAAACAAAUUUACAUUUCUGAAAUCCAAAUAAAAAACACCCACACUUAGUUUCGCUUUCAGAGUUUAACGUUAGUUACCUUCCUAACCACUUGACAGUACAGACGGCUCCAAAAUUUUGCACUAAUAGCCUAUCUGCGUUGCGAUUCGGUCUGAUAGGUAACAUUACCAGUCAUGGAAACCAGACAAAAAACACAAAAAGAAAUGAUAUCUCACAAGAUGUAUUCCAAAGCAAUGCCACCCAAUAAAUUGUUUCAAUUGUUUUCAACUGAAAGCGUGUUUUUGAUCAGAUCAGGUUUACACAAUGAAGGUCAGCCUAUACAAGGGCAGCGAAUGUAUUUUUACACAUUUAAAAAAGAGCAAACGGCAGGUGCUCAUUCACUCAUUAUCCACCUGAUAUUUGUUCGUCUACUUGUUUCUUCCAUUCAGUUGGACGAAAGAACAUGACAUUGCUUAGGAAAUGCACAUUUCAAUUAGUCUCCUAUAGGCCCAUUCAUCAACCUCAUCAUGCAUAUAGCUUUGUCUGUACUCCCAAUGCCAUAUUUCUUCUAUAACGAAAACAUAAACAGUAGGGCCUACUAUUUCACUUCACUUGUUUCUGUCUAAUAACGACCUAAAUGAACAUGAUAUGCUUUAAUGAGCAUCUUGCGAGGAAUAAAGGAAUGUCUGGAAGUUAGAAAUAAAAAGAAGUUCAAUUCCUGCUCUUCGCAUUUUAGUUAUUUUUUAAAAGCAUUUAUUCCAUGCCUCCGCACGAACUAGUAGGCUACAACGUUUGUGUGUUUUAUCAAACAACUUUUCAGCGUCCAGUUCAUUUCGGAUUAAAAACCGACAAUCCCCUUUGUCUGUCUUGGUUUAUACUAAUGUAGUACUGUACAGAAUAAACAUUUGUUUGCAUAAACCA